CAUCGAUCGACCCAAUAAGCAGCAUGACAGCCCGACGGCGCAGCGGCGGCUCCGUGGACCCGUACUUGGACUUGGUGCGGCAGCUGGAUAAGGCUAAGGUGUCCAAGCAGAAACAGGCUGAGGCCAUGCACGACCACCGGACCAUUCACACGUUGGGGGAGGACAUGUCGUGGCUGAAGAAGCGCAAGCACAAAUCGUACAUGAGAGUAAAGCACAAAGCGACGCAUCUCAAGCACUUGCGUCACUGGUUUGACUCGUACGACCAAGACAAGUCUGGCAGCAUCAGUGUCUCCGAACUGGCGUGGCCGAUGCUCGUUCUCGGCUACGCCAACACCCUCGACGAGGUUCAUAAGCUGCUACAUGAAGUGGACUUGAAUGGCGACGGCACUCUGAGCUUUGACGAGUUCGUCGACCUCUUGUGCCAAAGCGAUGCCAAGAACGUCGUGCAUCCUCUGGAAAAGCUCGUCCAGAUGGCUCAACACGGCGACUUGGGGGACGCGGCAUUGUCGCUGCAGACGCUCAUUCCAUCGUAUCAGCGAAAACUCAUGCUCGAGUCGCUGAUGGCAUACGGAGACACUACGCACUCUCCUCGUACUCGCCGCGAACUUGAGGUGCGCGAAGCCAACGAAGCAAUGCUGCGGCGCGCCGACAUUGCACUCCACGCCCUCGACACUUCGUCGACGAUCACCAAACCCGCUCGCCUCCCUCCCAUGACAGUGACGACUCGAUUGAAGAAGGUCCCACCCCCUCCAUCGACACGGAUAUUGCAAGCUGGCGCCACCCUCCGGCGCAAAUUGGCCGCCACGGAAGGCCCAACAUCGCUAUUUUAUGAAUCGAUCGAGAAAGCCAGCGAGCUUCCACCAGAAUAUCAUCGCCGUAACGAUUAGGGCGGUAUUCUCAACGUAUGACAAAGGUGGUCACCCCCUCCACUUUCAAUAAGCCAAUAUAACGCCAAUAAAUCACACAACGACGCCAGUGGUCCAACGAUAAGAAC